UUUGGUACGCGCAGCAAACCGAGUGCUGAAAUUAAAAAGGAAAACAAAUCGAUCCAAAUUAUCAGUCAUGAACUUAGCGAGAUUUUAUCACCGACUAAAUCCGACCAGGGCUCAAAUUCGUCAAUUGAUUUCUAGUUUUGAUUCAGUGCGCUCCUGUUCGUCGAAUGCAGCUCCACCAGGUUUACCGAAAACAAUCUCAUCGGAACGUUCCCGAGAGCGAUCAACGGAUGAUUUGAAGAAGAUCAUUUCAUAUGGACAGCCAAUGCCCGUUACACAUCCACAUCUGCUGCAGGACGGCGAACUAUUGCCGGGAAUUAGAUUAGAAGAAUUUCGCCAUCGCCGCCGGGCAUUGCUCGAGUUAGUACGAAAAUACGCUUCCGAAAAUUUAGAUAAAAAUGCUAAAGAGCAUUUGAUCAUUAUUCCUUCGGCUAACAAGAAAUAUAUGAGCGAUAAAAUUCCAUACGUUUUUCGUCAGAAUUCGGAUUUUUUAUAUCUCAGCGGUUGCCUGGAGCCCGAUAGCGCUCUUACGCUGGAAGUUGACAGCGAGGGCAACGAAAGAAGUGUACUGUUCGUACGACCGAAGGAUAGUCACGCGGAACUGUGGGACGGACCUCGGACAGGGGUGGAGCAGGCACCUCGCGUUUUUGGUGUGGAUCAAGCUGUCAAUGUGAUAGAUUUGAAAUCUUAUCUGCUAAAAUACUCAUUUGCUCAUCCCAGCGGUACGAUUUGGUUCGAUGAGAAAAGUUGCAAUUUGGACGAUGUACGAAAGAGUGUGGCAGAUGUCGGUAGCAGACAAGCUGUGCGUUCACCACUUGCUUUGCUGCACAAGCUAAGGGUAGUGAAAUCUCCGGCAGAGAUCGAACAGAUGCGUAGAACAUGUCAGAUUGCAUCGACUGCCAUUAAUCGGACAAUUCAAGAGAGCGAACCUGGACAAAGUGAACAUCAAUUGUUUGCCAAGGUGGAUUACUUCUGUCGGAUGGCGGGAGCGAAUUAUUUAGCGUAUCCUCCCGUGGUGGCCGGAGGAUCCAAUGCCACUGUGAUACACUAUAUCAACAACACACAGGUGAUUCGAGAUGGCGAAAUGGUUCUCAUGGAUGCGGGAUGUGAGUACGCAAGUUACACCAGCGACAUCACACGAACAUGGCCGAUUAGCGGGAAGUUCUCGGAUCCACAGCGUGUGUUGUAUGAAAUUCUGGCACAAGUGCAAACGGAACUUUUGGAAAGCCUCCAGCAGGAAGGAGGAGAGACAUUGGAUCAACUGUUCGAUACGAUGUGCCUGAAGAUUGGUAAAUAUUUACAGGAAAUUGGAUUGAUUCCGAAAAAUGUAAAAGGCAUGGACUUGGCAAGAGCGGCGUACAAAUUCUGUCCGCAUCAUGUGUCACACUAUCUGGGCAUGGAUGUUCACGACACGCCUCUUAUUUCGAGAAGUAUCUCGUUGGUGCCGGGAAUGAUUUGCACUGUGGAACCUGGAAUCUACAUCAGUAGUUGGAGAAGAGAUGUGCCGGAAGAAUUUCGAGGUCUUGGUUUACGUAUCGAAGACGAUGUGCUGAUUAAACCCAAUAAGAAAAUAGAGGUUCUGACUGAGCUCUGUGUGAAAGAUCUGCGACAACUUGAAGCUCUCGUUGGUUCGGACAACCCGUGAAUUACAUUGACAUCUAGCAACAAACAGGGUGAGUGAAACUUUCUUCAAAUUCUGGAGUGUAUCGAAACACAGCCGAUUUUACACGAAGGAGAUGUACAUAACUAGGUAUAUAUUUUUUUGUUGAUUAUAAAAAAUAAAAACUGGUUUAACGAUUUCCCUAAUAAUAA